UGACAGACGGCGGUGGUGAUGCUCUCUGAACUCGUUGAUUCUCACUCCCUGCCAUUCGGAGGCGCGUCUUCCAGCGUAUUGGUCGUCCUACUACUACGGUUCUACCACCGUCUGGCUGAGGUUCCGCCUUCCUGUCCUUAUCUUUUGAAGUGUCUUCUGGCUGCAGUAAAGGAAUGCUGCCUGCGGGCGACAUCACAGGAGCGCUUGAAAGCAGGGAGCAGAAAAGGGCAGAACUCAAAGGAAGAAACAUGGCGGAGCCGAGACCACUGCGUACCCCGGACCAGACCCCGGACCGGACCCCGGAGGGGUCACCAGAGGGGACCCCAGACCCGCUGGGGGCGGACCUCCCAGAGGCCACGCCCGGGUACAAGCCCCCGGUGCCGAAGACCCUCCAGGAGCUCCAUGAGCUGGACCAGGACGACGAGAGCCUCACCAAGUACAAGAAGAGCCUGCUGGGCGAUGCCCGCGGCACCCACGACGAGGGCGGUUUAAACGUGGUGGUGACCCGGCUGACGCUGCUGUGUGACACGGCGCCGAAGCCCAUGACUCUGGACCUGCAGGGUGACCUGCAGGCCGUCAAGAAGCAGGUCUUCGAGCUGAAGGAGGGCGUCGACUACAAGAUCAAGAUCAGCUUCAAGGUCCAACGGGAGAUCGUGUCGGGCCUAAAGUACCACCAGGUGAUGACCAGGAAGGGAAUCACAGUGGACCGGGCCUCCUUCAUGGUGGGGAGCUACGGACCGCGGCCCGGCCAGGAGCAGGAGUACGUGACGGCGCUGGACGAGGCUCCGCGCGGCCUGAUGGCCCGCGGGACCUACAGCAUCAAGUCCUCCUUCGUGGACGACGACCAGAACGUGUAUCUGUCCUGGGACUGGAGCCUCACCAUCAAGAAGGACUGGAGCGGCUGAACGCCCUCCUCCUCCUCCUCCUCCUCCUCCUCCUCCUCCUCCUCCUCCUCCUCCUCCUCCUCCUCCUCUCCCCUUCCUCCCUCUCCCUCUCCUCCUCCCUCUCCUCCUCCUCCCCCUCCUCUCCUCUCCUCCCCCACUCUGUCUUCUCAUUGGAUGAGGGUUAGGUCACUUGUUUUAGAUUUUGUAUUUUAUUUUUAUUUAGUUAAUGCUGCGAUGCCAUGCAGAAGGUCAUACCAAAGAUGCCCCCCCCCCCUCCUGACCCCACCUGUUGUUGUGAGGCUAUGGGGGUCAAGGGUCACACUGACCAAACGCGCACCAUCAUGGUAUCCUGGUGAUGUUGUGUAUCUCUUUUUUGGUAUUGUGUAAUUGGACAGAUGCUUCACCGGUUAACUCUUGGUGUGUCUGAUGACCGGUCCACCUUGUUGCUGACCUGUUGAUCUAAGACCCAAAACCGUUGAUUCCUCGCUUAAUGACCUUCAACCACAAUGUGAGCUGGUUCCUCGUCAUCACACGCAGCGUGAGAGGAGGAACCAGCUGGUCCGACUCCCUCCUCUACUGGUCCGACUCCCUCCUCUACUGGUCUGACUAGGAGGGAGUCGGACCAGUAGAGGAGGGAGUCGGACCAGUAGAGGAGGGAGUCGGACCAGUAGAGGAGGGAGUCGGACCAGUAGAGUCAGACCAGUAGAGUCGGACCAGUAGAGGAGGGAGUCGGACCAGUAGAGUCGGACCAGUAGAGGAGGGAGUCGGACCAGUAUAGUCAGACCUGCGCUGCCUUACAGGUAAUGGAGAUCCCUUGCAGAAGGAUGACCCAAUAUAUAUUAAGCCGUUUGCCUUCAGGAAAUAUCAUUUGGUAUGUCCCUAUACUGUGUGUUCCCCAAGAUGAAUUCUAUGCCUGCAGAACCCUGGAGAACCUGAUCACCGCUCGGUGUUCAGGGCUGACCUGUGUCUAUAAUAAAGGGUUUGAAUGUG